CCUUCGAGACCAAUAAAAUGAGCGUCUUGCAUGAGGUGGCGCCACAUGCGCUGUCCUUGGAGCAAUGGCUGCACAAGUCGAUCGGACACGAAGCAUGGAUGGAAGGAAAUGCGAAGAUGCAGUCGCUGCUCCAGCAAACGUUCGUGGCGCGCCGAGCCCACUUGAAAGCGCCCGAUGCGGCCGUGGGCUACUCCCGAGACGUGACGAUGACGCAGACUGACAUCGUUGAGAGCGUCAUCAGCACACUCUUGCAACGGAAGCGCUACGGCAAGGACAAGUCGACCAACUUGUUGGCGCUAGGGUACGGCGUCGCCAGCCCCGGGUCGAACAACCACUUUCUGAGGAAUGACAUGACGUGCUACCAUCCGAACACACUCGUGGCGAAACUCAAAUCAAACGAAUGGGUGCAACUCCACAGCCACCUCGGAGACGACGUCAUGAAAGACAUCCUCCUCAACCACAACGUAUUUGUACGGAUGGAGAGCACGACAGAUUGCUACAUCCAGCUAGCCGGCGACAACGUGCGGUUUGCAGUGCGGUCGCCCACAAGCGCAGACAGUUCCAUCAACAUUCGCCGGGUCAUGUUUGCUCAAGGGCAUGCGAAGCAAGUGUCAUUCCAGUCGACGCACGUAUUAGCACCGCCAGUGCCUUCCACUCUCGCAGCCAGACGAGUGGUGGCCAGUAUAUUGUGCUUGAAAAGCACCAAACGGUUGGACCGGCGAUGCCAGAAGUUGGUGCCGAUCGUUCUCGACAUGAUGGCAAGGUUCAAACAGUGCGACAUUGGCGGGUCUGUUCGUCGACUGUGUCCCAUCCCAAGCGAGUGUAAAGCGAUUCUGUCCACGUGCCGUCGCGAUCGCAGUACGACCGAACGACGCCCAGCACUGGAAACCCCCUGGACGACCAAAGACGUCGAGUUGGAGGACGAAGGGUUUGCCAGCCAAGAUGACUGUAGCACGUCUGCCAACUCUCGAAAAAGAAAACGAAGCUUGGUCGCGGACAGUUCCAAGCCGGCCAAGUGCGCCAACCGAUUGUCCUGUCAAGCCACCAUUGCUGACCUGCUUCAGUUUUCAACGCCCAAGGACAACGUCUACGAGUGCGUCCGGUUCGUUUUGGAUGCCGUGCUGCCCAAACAACUCUGGGGAUGCUCGAAAAACCACACGUGUUUUCUCCAACUCGUGCGAACGUAUCUGUUCUCGCACAUGCACGAUGUGCAUGGGCUAAAUGGGGCGGUGAACGCCAUGGCCGUGACACGGAUACCAUGGAUGCAGCUGCACGCACGCUCAAAGUGCGUGCCAACGGAAGCAACGAAACGGAAGCGCAUGCUGUUGCUGAUUGUGUCCUGGAUUUGGAGCGACCUGAUCGACCCGAUGCUUCGCAAUUACUUUUACAUGACCACGACCGAGGGUCAUUUCAACCACGUCGUGUACUACCGCCAUUCGGUGUGGACCGCCAUCGCAGGUCUUGGCAAGGUCGAGUUGGCUCACGGCCACUUGCAGCCCGUCGCGACUGUGCCAAAGUCGAAAACGAUCUCGACGAUUCGAUUUCAGCCAAAGCCACACGGUGUUCGACCGAUUGUGAAUCUAUCUCGCAAACCGCACGGUGGUGUGUCUAUCAAUCGCACGUUGCGGCUCGUUCACCACGUGCUGCGGCACGAGUGCACCAUGGCAACUCUCGGCGCGACGGUAGCCAACAUGAACGACAUUCGCGCAAAGUUGGACUUGUUUCGGGCGCGUUGGGCCGCUGCAAACAACCCGCCGCUGUAUUUUGUCACGGUCGACAUUGCCCGCUGCUUUGACACGAUCCGUUCCCGCCGGCUGCUAAAGAUGCUCCCUCGUUUACUCACGCAAGACCGGUACAUGGUUCGGCGGCACUACCUGGUGCAGUCGACCAAAGCCGGGGUCCGCUACAAGACUUGUACCGCGGUGUUGGUGCCGUCGGAGUUGACACGGUUCGAGCAACUCGCAGCGUCGGCAGCUUCCAAACAUUCGGUGCACAUUGAUGGCGUCGUAUACGACUACGUCCACCGGCGCGACCUGCUCAAGCUCGUGGAAGACCACUUGUGUGCCAACUACGUCUCAAUCGAGUCGGACCUGUUUUUGCAAAAGGAGGGAAUCCCUCAAGGGUCCGUGCUGUCAUCGUUGCUGUGCAAUAUUUACUAUGCCGACUUUGAGAAGAACGUGCUCCGUCCCCGCAUUCCCGUCGUGGCUGGGCAAGACCUCUUGCUUCGAUACACGGACGAUUUUCUGCUGCUUACGUCCAACCGGCAGAACGCCAUCAAGUUUGAAGCGAUCAUGCAUCGAGGCACCAAGAAAUACGGAUGCCACGUCAACCCUCGCAAGACGCAAACCAACUUGCACGAUGCGUCGCAGGUUCUCCACUGGUGCGGCCUCACGAUAGACCCAGCGACCUUGGCCGUGCACUCCAACUAUGCCAAGUACACGGCGUCCCCUGGGUCGCUCCGAAACACCAUGUUUCUGGACACGAUUCGUCCACUCCAUGCCUGGUUGUUUCAACAUUUGUUUGCAGCCGUUCAAUUUCGAUGCCACCCGAUCCACUUUGCCGCGCAGUCGCCGCACACUUGCCAAGUGAAUAUGUACCACAUCAUGGCGGUGGUCGCGGCCAAGUUGGCGUACAUCUUGCGCUGCCUUCCCAAGCGAAAUCGUCGAUGGAACGUGGAGUUUCUACAUCGGGGACUGCUGCAGCUGUGGCGCAAACUGUUUGAUCGCAUUCGCCAAGCAUGCCCGACUGCCAUGACGUGGACCGAGGUCCGGGGCAUGGGUCUGCACGCCGCCAUCCAUGCGUGGACGAAACAAAACACCAUGGCCCCCCUCGUGGGUCGAUUCACAAGCGACUGGACAGCCCUGCCACCUGCUGUCCGUGGCCUCACCGACGAGUUGGCGACGACUCCGAUGAGUGCAUUCAUUCAAGAGUUGUAAAUCGAGUCGUGAUCUCUGGUGCUUUGGACAGGUCGCGGGGUUUGUCGCCUGCGUGGUUGCUGACACGUGCGAGCGACGGGUAUGUCUUGACGAGCCACUCGACGCACUCGGCGCGACCGUAUCGCACCGCUUCAUGAAGGGGAUUGUUUCCUUGAAAAUCGCAGUCCCUCGUCCCGAUCGGAAACAACUCGAGGAUGCAGAUAUGGCCGUGGCGCGCUGCAUACGCGGCGUACGUGCGCCCCAUCCAAUCCCGCAACGUGGCAAACGAUGGGCACAACUGGAUCAGUCGAUCGACGACGACGGCAUGGCCGCGCUCGGCGGCUCGGUGAAUGGCGGUGGCAUGGCCUGGUCCGUGCAACGUUAUGGAAGCUGGACAUGACUCGUACAGCGCCAGCAAGACCUGUUUGGAACGGGUGAAUGGAAGAAUCGCUCGUGUCCGAAUGUCCUCACGUCAAGAUGACCAUACGUGGCCGCAAAGUACGCUGGAUACCACCGCUUGGACGUCAUGCGACUCGGAUCUGCGCCAGCAUCGAGCAAAAGGCGCGCCACACGAGCAUGGCCGUAGCGGGCGGCCUGCACAAGUGCCGUGUACUCGUCGUCAUCUUGCAUGUCGACGUCGGCGACUGUCACCAGAUACUCGACGACCCGCACUUGAUUGUAGCCCGCUGCAAAGUAUAGCGCCGUCUUGCCAUGUUCGUCCGGCUCGUUGACGUUUCCGCCGCCCGAGACAAACGUCUCUAGCGACGCAAUGUCGCCGAGCCAGGCCGCGCGCCAAAUAUCGAGCGGUUGCAGGUUCCGGCAAUCUGUCCACGACAAGUUGCGCGAGGCGAUUUGGUCGUGGAUGGUCGGCAGUCGUGCCGGGGGAACGAGCGGAAGGACGACGCGAUGGUUUUGCGCCGCAACACGUUUCUCGAGCACGACCAGACUGCGCGUCCAUGCCGCCGCCUCGAUCGAGUCGUCCAUAAAGUGAACGCCGCACUCGAUCACGUC